UAAAGAUGUUCUAGCUCUGCCUCUUCCAAAAGCUCCAGAGAAGAAGGGGAAAAGCCCAAUCAUUUUGGAGUGGGAAGAGCCUGGGACUUGACUCCUGAUUCUGUGAUUUUGAGUUUCAUAGAGGAACUGAGAAACUCCUCUGUUAAAAGGUCCGAGGCUUUAAUUUUGGAAGUAACCAUCUCUCAGGUGGGGUGGUUCUAAAUUUCUGGCGGCCAAUAGGAGCCUCGGAGCCUCGGAUUCAGCCCAAUGAGGCUCCAAUGAGCCUCCAAUGAGUCCAAUGAGCUGAACCGUGGGAGGGGCCAGCGAAGGGGGCGGGAACGGAGCCCCCUAGGUGGUGCCUACUGUGUGCGGCGCCAGCUUCCCUGCGCGGAGCCAUGAGCUGGACCUGCCCGCGUUGCCAGCAACCCGUUUUCUUCGCGGAGAAGGUGAGCUCCCUGGGCAAGAACUGGCAUCGCUUCUGCCUGAAAUGUGAGCGCUGCCACAGCGUCCUUUCCCCAGGAGGGCAUGCAGAGCACAACGGGAGGCCAUAUUGCCACAAGCCAUGCUACGGGGCUCUCUUUGGACCCAGGGGGGUGAACAUUGGUGGUGUGGGCUCCUACCUCUACAACUCCCCCAGUCCCGCCUCUGCCAGCACCACUCCCCUCAGCCCCAGCAGCUUUAGCCCCCCCAGGCCCAGGACUGGCCUCCCCCAGGGCAAGAAAAGCCCUCCCCACAUGAAGACAUUCACUGGGGAGACUUCGCUGUGCCCUGGCUGUGAAGAACCCGUCUAUUUUGCUGAGAAGGUGAUGUCUUUGGGCAGAAAUUGGCACCGACCCUGUCUGAGGUGCCAGCGCUGCCGGAAGACCCUUACUGCUGGGAGUCAUGCUGAGCAUGAUGGCGUCCCCUACUGCCACAUUCCUUGCUACGGCUACCUGUUUGGCCCCAAAGGUGUGAACAUUGGUGAUGUGGGCUGCUACAUCUAUGACCCUGUGGAGAUAAAAUCCAAAUGAGGUGCUUACAGGAGAGGUCACUCUAACUCGGACCUCACACCGUUCCCUCCAUGGUCCUACUGGGAGCUACAGAAUUCUUCAGUCCCACGGGGGGAAGGUGGGCUUCAGGUGGCCUGGGCCUAGGCUCUACGGUAGACCAGGGGGUCUAGACUUUCUCUGCCAAGUCCUCCCUUUCCCAUUCCUAUCUGCUCAGGGGACCUAGGCGACCACAUUUUAAAGGGUAGCCUCCUGGCCUUCCCAAUCCCUUUCCCUAGCAAAUUCUAUAACUUCCAGGCACUUAAAAAACAUGUUUAUUUUGGCUUCUCCAAUAAAACGUUGGCUCCCA